ACUACAGCCCUAGUUCUCUUUCGUUAUGCGUUGUACAAAAGGAUGCGCGGACAUAGUCAUACAGCAGACAUUGAGUAGACAGAGCUAUGGAUAGGGAGGACAGAGAGGUGAUAGCUCCGUACUUCACGGGGAAGAACAAGGCACUGAAGCUCACUGAAGUGUUGGAGAUACUGGAGAACCCUGAUGACACACGGGCUAUAGUAACACCCCCUGCUCAACCCCAUGGAGGAGACGGGUACUUGUACAGGGUGGAGGCAGACUCGGCGGAAGAUUCCUGGGAAAAUGACAACUACUACUUCAAGCACAAUGGUUCUCGUGAACAGCCUAAACCUUCACCCAAGGUUCUCAAGCAGGACUUCGUGGCUUAUAAAAGUGAUGGCACCACCACCGAGGCUUUUAAACGACAGGCAUACAACUUGCUCGAGGGAGACGUGAAAUAUAUAUUAGUACACUACAUUGGGAAAUGCACAGUAGCAUUAUCCGAUCCAAAAUAUGAGAAGCGUUUGAAUACAGCCCUCCACCAUGAAUCCCAGAUAGUGAACAGUUACGCGAUAAUAGCUGGUUCUGGAGAUGAAGAUGGUGGAGAUUGGGAGACCAGGGAUAUGGAAUGUGAUCAUGAUCGUGCAAAUACUAACUCUCCUACUUUCCUGGCUUCCUUAGAUGAAGUUAGCUCAAGGAAAAGGACACAUGACCCUGAUAUGGUAAAUCGUGUGAAAACUCCUAAACGUUCAGAAAACGAACAAGUAAUUGAAAACAAUUUGAUAGACAUCAUAACCACCGAAAGUGUUAGUCAUCAACAUGAUGAAAGACCGACCAACCUCAAGUCACUCACCGAAUGUUUGCUGAACAAACGUACUCAUAUCGUUAUCGCAAGACGUGUGUUGAAGCAGGCAAAAUACUGGGAGAAAAGCACCAGAUUUCCUACCUUUGACAGUCCAUGUUUAUCAUUAAUCGCUGACAUCGACUGUAAAUGGAGAAAUGACCUCACAGAAGUCAGUGACAGGUUGAAGUGGUCACGACUUAGCCCGGAUGUUCUCGGCGAAGACCAGUGCAAGGAUACGUAUCACAGACUGGUAUCUGCUGUCAUAGUAGGUGCAUAUCACAUGAAGACGGACAUCACAGAGUUUGUUGACACCCUCUAUAUGUACCCAUCACAUGUGAUGGGUGACAACGCCUUAACAGAUGACGACGAUGGGACGGAUCCUCAGAUGUGCAAGGUGGGGCCCCACAACAUACAGAGGAAUCAUCUCCUCGAUCAAACAGCAUGGCUUGGCGAUGAGGUGAUGAAUGCAUACAUGCAUGUCCUGAAGACCACGUGGAAUAGGAUCCACAGCCGCCACUGCGCUGUACUUGAUUCCUUCCUUGUCAACCAUUGGGAGAAAGACGAGUAUGACGUGCACCCCUGCAAGGAGGAACUUGGAACUUACACGUGGAUCCUGAUGCCAGUGAACAUGCCACUGAAUCAACACUGGGUGCUUCUGGUCGCCAAUGCCCAGGAUGGAACAGUGGGCGUGGUCAACUCUAAGCCUGUCCUUGAUGUAGGGGACAAACUUAUACAACAUUGGAGAAAAUAUACACGCUGUUUGAGGAGAGGUGAUGGGUCAGUGAUCACAUGGACAAAGACAGAAUAUCCAGUACUGAGUCAAAGUGAUGGACAUAGCUGUGGCGUGUUUGUGAAUAUGGCAGCAGAAGCUGUACUAUCGGAGGUGCCUCCUAGUGUCAUGAGAAGCUGCCACACUGUCUGGUACAGGAAGUACAUCUGGCGCAGGUUGCGAGAAUAUGCUGGUGAACAUAUUCCGCCUGAUACUGACACACAUAUGCUUGAGUCUCCAUGUGAAAAGCUGACAAAUAAUCCAGCGUCAACGAAUGCCAGAGCGUUUGCGUAUACAAUAGUCAAUAUGUCGACCAGCAUAGAUGAUACGAGAUACAGUUUGCAUAAAGCAGCCAGCCUCGGUGAUAUAAGACGCAUGCACUUGUUGAUAGACCAGGGGGAGGAUGUAGCAGGUACCGAUGACCGAGGAUGGACGCCUUUGCACUGUGCCUGUGAAAACGGUCACGUUGAAGCUGUCUCUGAUCUGGUUUCCAGGAGGACGGGCGACGUACAAAAUAGAGCUCAACUUACAUUGUACAAUCCUGUCUUAGGAACGGAGUAUACGUAUCUAGCAGGAGCAUAUCCACUCCACAUUGCUUGUUUAAAUGGACAUGAGAAUGUAGCGCACAUUUUGAUCAAUAGCGAGGCAAAUGUUGACGACAAAAGUGAAAAUGGAACAACAGCUCUUUUUCUUGCUUCUAUUAACGGACAUGAAUCUGUAGCCGCACUUCUGAUCAAGAAUGGUGCAAGUGUUACAGCUGAGGACGAGGGCGGAUGGACGGCACUAUAUGUAGCUUGUCAGAAUGGACAUGAAUCUGUAGCCGCACUUCUGAUCAAGAAUGGUGCAAGUGUUACAGCUGAGGACGAGGGCGGAUGGACGGCACUAUAUGUAGCUUGUCAGAAUGGACAUGAAUCUGUAGCCGCACUUCUGAUCAAGAGUGGCGCUAGUGUUACAGCUGUUAAUAAGAACGGACAGACGGCACUACAUCAAGCUUGUCAGGAUGGGCAUGAAUCUGUAGCCGCACUUCUGAUCAAGAAUGGUGCAAGUGUUACAGUUGAGGACGAGGACGGAUGGACGGCACUAUAUGUAGCUUGUCAGAAUGGACAUGAAUCUGUAGCCGCACUUCUGAUCAAGAAUGGUGCAAGUGUUACAGCUGAGGACAAGGACGGAUGGACGGCACUACAUCUAGCUUGUCAGAAUGGACAUGAAUCUGUAGCCGCACUUUUGGUCAAUAGUGGUGCAAGUGUUACAGCUGAAGACAAGUACGGAUGGACGGCACUACAUCGAGCUUGUCAGGACGGACAUGAAUCUGUAGCCGCACUUCUGAUCAAGAGUGGCGCUAGUGUUACAGCUGUUAAUAAGAACGGACAGACGGCACUACAUCAAGCUUGUCAGGAUGGGCAUGAAUCUGUAGCCGCACUUCUGAUCAAGAAUGGUGCAAGUGUUACAGUUGAGGACGAGGACGGAUGGACGGCACUAUAUGUAGCUUGUCAGAAUGGACAUGAAUCUGUAGCCGCACUUCUGAUCAAGAAUGGUGCAAGUGUUACAGCUGAGGACAAGGACGGAUGGACGGCACUACAUCUAGCUUGUCAGAAUGGACAUGAAUCUGUAGCCGCACUUUUGGUCAAUAGUGGUGCAAGUGUUACAGCUGAAGACAAGUACGGAUGGACGGCACUACAUCGAGCUUGUCAGGACGGACAUGAAUCUGUAGCCGCACUUCUGAUCAAGAAUGGUGCAAGUGUUACAGCUGAGGACAAGGACGGAUGGACGGCACUAUAUGUAGCUUGUCAGAAUGGACAUGAAUCUGUAGCCGCACUUCUGAUCAAGAAUGGUGCAAGUGUUACAGCUGAGGACGAGGGCGGAUGGACGGCACUAUAUGUAGCUUGUCAGAAUGGACAUGAAUCUGUAGCCGCACUUCUGAUCAAGAGUGGCGCUAGUGUUACAGCUGUUAAUAAGAACGGACAGACGGCACUACAUGUAGCUUGUCAGAAUGGACAUGAAUCUGUAGCCGCACUUCUGAUCAAGAGUGGCGCUAGUGUUACAGCUGUUAAUAAGAACGGACAGACGGCACUACAUCAAGCUUGUCAGGAUGGGCAUGAAUCUGUAGCCGCACUUCUGAUCAAGAAUGGUGCAAGUGUUACAGCUGAGGACGAGGACGGAUGGACGGCACUAUAUGUAGCUUAUCAGAAUGGACAUGAAUCUGUAGCCGCACUUCUGAUCAAGAAUGGUGCAAGUGUUACAGUUGAGGACGAGGACGGAUGGACGGCACUGCAUGAAGCUUGUGAGAAUGGACAUGAAUCUGUAGCCGCACUUCUGAUCAAGAGUGGUGCAAGAGUUACAGCUAAGGAAAAGGACGGAUGGACGGCACUACAUGUUGCUUGUCAGAAUGGAGAUGAAUCUGUAGCCGCACUUAUGAUCAAGAAUGGUGCAAGUGUUACAGCUGAGGCGAAGAACGGAUUGACGGCACUACAUCUAGCUUGCCAGAAUGGACAUGAAUCUGUAGCCGCACUUCUGAUCAAGAAUGGUGCAAGUGUUACAGCUGAGGACAAGGACCGAUGGACGGCACAACAUGUAGCUUGUCAGAAUGGACAUGAAUCUGUAGCCGCACUUCUGAUCAAGAAUGGUGCAAGUGUUACAGCUGAGGAGAAGGACGGAUGGACGGCACUACAUCUAGCUUGUCAGAAUGGAGAUGAAUCUGUAGCCGCACUUCUGGUCAAUAGUGGUGCAAGUGUUACAGCUGAGGACAAGGACGGAUGGACGGCACUAUAUGUAGCUUGUCAUAAUGGACAUGAAUCUGUAGCCGCACUUCUGAUCAAGAAUGGUGCAAGUGUUACAGCUGAGGAGAAGAACGGAUCGACGGCACUACAUCUAGCUUGCCAGAAUGGACAUGAAUCUGUAGCCGCACUUCUGAUCAAGAAUGGUGCAAGUGUUACAGCUGAGGACAAGGACCGAUGGACGGCACUACAUGUAGCUUGUCAGAAUGGACAUGAAUCUGUAGCCGCACUUCUGAUCAAGAAUGGUGCAAGUGUUACAGCUGAGGAGAAGGACGGAUGGACGACACUACAUGUAGCUUGUCAGAAUGGACAUGAAUCUGUAGCCGCACUUCUGAUCAAGAGUGGUGCAAGUGUUACAGCUGAACACAAAGACGGACGAACGGCAUUACAUCAAGCUUGUCAGAAUGGACAUGAAUCUGUAGCCGCACUUCUGAUCAAGAAUGGUGCAAGUGUUACAGCUGAGGAGAAGGACGGAUGGACGGCACUACAUCUAGCUUGUCAGAAUGGACAUGAAUCUGUAGCCGCACUUCUGGUCAAUAGUGGUGCAAGUGUUACAGCUGAGGACAAGGACGGAUGGACGGCACUAUAUGUAGCUUGUCAUAAUGGACAUGAAUCUGUAGCCGCACUUCUGAUCAAGAAUGGUGCAAGUGUUACAGCUGAGGAGAAGAACGGAUCGACGGCACUACAUCUAGCUUGCCAGAAUGGACAUGAAUCUGUAGCCGCACUUCUGAUCAAGAAUGGUGCAAGUGUUACAGCUGAGGACAAGGACGGAUGGACGACACUACAUGUAGCUUGUCAGAAUGGACAUGAAUCUGUAGCCGCACUUCUGAUCAAGAAUGGUGCAAGUGUUACAGCUGAGGAGAAGGACGGAUGGACGACACUACAUGUAGCUUGUCAGAAUGGACAUGAAUCUGUAGCCGCACUUCUGAUCAAGAGUGGUGCAAGUGUUACAGCUGAACACAAAGACGGACGAACGGCAUUACAUCAAGCUUGUCAGAAUGGACAUGAAUCUGUAGCCGCACUUCUGAUCAAGAAUGGUGCAAGUGUUACAGCUGAGGACGAGGACGGAUCGACGGCACUACAUCUAGCUUGUCAGAAUGGACAUGAAUCUGUAGCCGCACUUCUGAUCAAGAAUGGUGCAAGUGUUACAGCUGAGGACAAGGACGGAUGGACGGCACUAUAUGUAGCUUGUCAGAAUGGACAUGAAUCUGUAGCCGCACUUCUGGUCAAUAGUGGUGCAAGUGUUACAGCUGAAGACAAGGACGGAUGGACGGCACUACAUCGAGCUUGUCAGGACGGACAUGAAUCUGUAGCCGCACUUCUGAUCAAGAAUGGUGCAAGUGUUACAGCUGAACACAAAGACGGAUGGACGGCAUUACAUCGAGCUUGUCAGAAUGGACAUGAAUCUGUAGCCGCACUUAUGAUCAAGAAUGGUGCAAGUGUUACAACUGAGGACAAGGACGGAUGGACGGCACUACAUGUAGCUUGUCAGAAUGGACAUGAAUCUGUAGCCGCACUUCUGAUCAAGAGUGGCGCUAGUAGUGGCGCUAGUGUUACAGCUGAGGACGAGGACGGAUGGACGGCACUAGAUCUAGCUUGUUUGAAUGGGAAUGAAUCUGUAGCCGCACUUCUGGUCAAGAAUUGUGCAAGUAUUACAGCUGAGGACAAGGACGGAUGGAAUAAAGAGUAA